AGAUAAAACUCGCCACCAUUUUUUUGAGAGCACAGCAACGAAAAUGGCUCGUUUUGAAUUCGUUUAUUUCAUUUUGUCAGCUUUAUUCGGUAAGGAACAUAUUUGCUCAUUUAAAGUUAUAUGUGUUUAUUAAUAAUUUUAAAUAAUUAUUUUUAAAAAUAUCUAUACGCUUUUCCCUACACAAAAAUAAAAAUUGAGGGAGAUUUACCUAAGACUGAGCUGUAUGAAAAGUAUGGGUAAUGCUGAGAGUCUGUGAAGUAAUAUUGUAACACGAUGACUCGAUGAAUUCCUAGAGAGUUCAAAGAAACCUGUCUGAAAUUCGAUGUAGUUUCCAUAAGGUAACCCACUUGUAUUCUCUUAUUGUACAGUGUAGUUGCAUUAUAAUAGCAAAAGCUAUACUCGAAUGCUUGGUUUAAAAUGUAGGCCUCUUGGUAAAUUAUUGCAUCUAGCUAGGCCAAACGUGGAAAGUAAUACAUUGCAUUAUUCCUUAUAAAAUAUCUAUGAUUUUUUUUUUUUAAGAUAUCAGAAUUUUUCGUGAACUAAUUAGUUAGAAUAAAGUUAGUUCGUUAUCUAAACUAUUUUCCUCACUGCUGUUACCUAUGAAAGAGUAAGUUAUUUUUUUCUUAUAUGAUUUUUUUUUUAAAUUGUUGGAAUGUCUGGAACACUCAAGGGAUAUGACAUUCUUAUUGAUGAUUUCUAUAUACAAUAACUAUAGCUCGUCAAACAUUGACGACAGCAAUGCGUGAUCGUCCUAUCUACUAAAGUUACUUGACAAAACAUGAACUCAAGUAACGCACAUUUAAGAAUCCCAAUUUUUGAUACACACCCUUACCCCAUGAUACGUCACUGCACACUUUUUAUUUCACGCCCAUGAACUAUGUUAAUAUUAUGAUGGCCCGGCCACUUUUAAACCAAAUAAUUCUUAAACCAUUUUAAAAUUAGAAAGUUUCAUUUCCGAAAAUAAAAGAAAACAUUACGCACCAAACUCAGUUGCGUUAUUUAAAAAUUAAAUCAUUUAGCGUAGUUAUCGGGAAUUAUAUUGUGCGCUCUAUCCGGAAAUAGAACCAGUCACACCACAAGCAAAAUAUAUAUACAUGAAAUAAUUAUCUUCUAUUAUAAAUGCAUUAUAAUCUUCUAUUAUAAAAUACAUUAUAAUUUACUUAAUGUGUCACUGUUUAUUCAGGAACAAGCUUGUGUGAGUAUUGCUACUACAGUGCAAGUUACAUCUUCGGAAGCUACAGCCGCUACAGCAAGUAUUGUCCCUUUGGCUGCUGUGGUACCAGCAGCUACCAGUACUGCUGUGUCACCAAGUAAACACCUUUUAUAACCUCUUUCUCUUCUUUAAAAUUAGGGCAGGCCUGUAUAUAAUGAAAUCUAUUCACAUUGUAGAUUUUUUUUUUUUAAAAAGGUGGAAUUGAAUCUCUACCAUAUUUUAAUGAAGGGGAUAUAACGGAUAUUUUUGCUAAAAAUCAAGAUAAGAAUAUUUAAUAUAUGGGGGGACUAAGUAAUCCGAUGCAAAAAUGAUUGUAUGAGUAUACGUUAUAAAAUAAAUAUAUUCUAGGGCUUAAACGGAUUCAUUUUUUAUACAACAGUUCUCACUGACAGUCUUACUACGAGUAUUUUGAGACAUGGACCUACACCCUACCUGCCGCCUUUAAAACAAUAGGCCUACAUCCUACCUGCCAGCCUUUAAACAAAAGCCCUUAAGACAUACUUACACACUACCUUUCAGCCUUUAACUUUAAACUUUAAACAAUAGUCCUACAGACAGUCUUACACUAUACCUGUGGUUCCUUAUUGAUUACUAAUUACAGUCGCCUCUUCCAUAGAGAUUUUUUUACUCGAGUUCACACGUCACGCAUGACGGCCUUUCUCUUUCAUUAAUAUUAAGAUAAAUUAUGUGGAGUUGGGGAGGGGUCAGUUUCGAAGAGGAAGCAGGACACACCAGAAGCAAAAUAUAUAUUAGAGAUUUUUUUAGAAGAGAUAACGCCCCCAUUAGUCAGCACAUGAUGUACACAAUAAAAUAUUCACUUUUUCAUUCUUUGUUCUCUCAUUGUUGUAUGACAACUUAAGCUGUAAAACUAAAUUUAAACGCAUGUUCUUAAACGAGAAUAGACUCCGAAUUCCAUUGUGUGGCUCAUAGUCUAUAGACUUGAACACGCAGGCAUGGGUGUGUACCCGUGGUGACGUCUUACGACUCCAAAUGAAAUUCCCUGAGAGGCAAUAUUGACAAACGCCCUUUAAUUUAAAAAAUGACUUUAAAAAAAUGCCAUACAAUAAACUAUAGGGUGUUGAGUCACACAGCAUAGAAUUAUAGAGUUGAUGAAGAAAUAGUUAUACGUCAUAGAAUUAUAUAGUUGAUGAAGAAAUAUUCCUACGACAUAGAAUUAUAUAGUUGAUGAAGAAAUAUGCCUACGAAAUAGAAUUAUAUGGUUGUUCAUGAAAUGUUCAAACUCCACAGAUAUUUGAUUUGUUUUAACUCCAAAGUUUUUACCCAAUAUCAUGAAAUACAUGUCCGUUUAAAAAAUAUUGAGUUAUCUACCCUGCUAUGAGACCUACUGUCGGAAGCAGUCUCCAGAGAGAUAAUAGAUAUAGACCAAGUUGUUAAAAAGAGGAAGUAAUUUCUGACAAACACAGAUCUCCUGAUAACGACUAGAUACUCCGAAAAGCUGCUGUGCUUUAAACUCAACCCAGCAAAUGUCUAAGUACAUGAGUAACACAGAGAUUGCAGAGAGAACACUUCUAAAAUGUACACACAGAUAGAGCCCAUGCUUCCAGUGAGGAGGCAUUCCUUCUCCGCACUAUGUUUAUAAUACUUCAUUGAGACAUUCUUUCUCCACACAAUGUUUAUAAUACUUCAUUGAGACAUUCUUUCUCCACACUAUGUUUAUAAUACUUCAUUGAGACAUUCUUUCUCCACACUAUGUUUAUAAUACUUCAUUGAGACAUUCUUUCUCCACACUAUGUUUAUAAUACUUCAUUGAGACAUUCUUUCUCCACACUAUUUUUAUAAUACUUCAUUGAGACAUUCUUUCUCCACACUAUGUUUAUAAUACUUCAUUGAGGCAUUCUUUCUCCACACUAUGUUUAUAAUACUUCGUUGAGACAUUCUUUCUCCACACUAUGUUUAUAAUACUUCAUUGAGGCAUUCUUUCUCCACACUAUGUUUAUAAUACUUCAUUGAGACAUUCUUUCUCCUUACUAUGUUUAUAAUACUUCAUUGAGACAUUCUUUCUCCACACUAUGUUUAUAAUACUUCAUUGAGACAUUCUUUCUCCACACUAUGUUUAUAAUACUUCAUUGAGACAUUCUUUCUCCACACUAUGUUUAUAAUACUUCAUUGAGGCAUUCUUUCUCCACACUAUGUUUAUAAUACUUCAUUGAGACAUUCUUUCUCCACACUAUGUUCAUAAUACUUCGUUGAGACAUUCUUUCUCCUUACUAAGUUUAUAAUACUUCGUUGAGACAUUCUUUCUCCACACUAUGUUUAUAAUACUUCAUUGAGACAUUCUUUCUCCACACUAUGUUUAUAAUACUUCGUUGAGACAUUCUUUCUCCUUACUAAGUUUAUAAUACUUCGUUGAGACAUUCUUUCUCAACACUAUGUUUAUAAUGCUUCAUUGAGGCAUUCUUUCUCCACAGUAUGUUUAUAAUACUUCGUUGAGACAUUCUUUCUCCACACUAUGUUUAUAAUGCUUCAUUGAGACAUUCUUUCUCCACACUAUUUUUAUAAUACUUCAUUGAGACAUUCUUUCUCCACACUAUGUUUAUAAUACUUCGUUGAGACAUUCUUUCUCCACACUAUGUUUAUAAUACUUCGUUGAGACAUUCUUUCUCCACACUAUGUUUAUAAUACCUCAUUGAGACAUUCUUUCUCCACACUAUGUUUAUAAUGCUUCAUUGAGACAUUCUUUCUCCACACUAUGUUUAUAAUACUUCAUUGAGACAUUCUUUCUCCACACUAUGUUUAUAAUGCUUCGUUGAGACAUUCUUUCUCCACACUAUGCUUAUGAUACUUCAUUGUGGCAUUCUUUCUCCACACUAUGCUUAUAAUGCUUCAUUGAGACAUUCUUUCUCUACUCUCCACUUCAUGCUUAUAAUGCUUCAUUGAGGCAUUCAUUCUCCACUCUCCACAUCUUGCUUAUAAUGCUUCAUUAUCUUCCCCAGUGCUGGUUACAUAGUCGCCAUCGUUGCUGCCGUCAUCUUCUGUGUAUCGGUCAUUGUGACCAUUGUCUGCUGCUGUAGACGCAGGGCCAUGAAUACCCGUAUGACCACCACCACAGUGGUGGGCGGGCCUCCAACAGUCAUGGGUGGGCCUACUACGGUGAUUAACCCACACGCUACAUAUAUCACGCCCAAUGGUAAGACUGUCAGUGAGUACUGUUGUAAAUGGUUGGUCGGACAUCGCUACAUAUAUCUCGCCCAAUGAUAAGACUGUCAGUGAGUACUGUUGUAAAUGGUUGGUCGGACAUCGCUACAUAUAUCUCGCCCAAUGGUAAGACUGUCAGUGAGUACUGUUGUAAAUGGUUGGUCGGACAUCGCUACAUAUAUCUCGCCCAAUGGUAAGACUGUCAGUGAGUACUGUUGUAAAUGGUUGGUCGGACAUCGCUACAUAUAUCUCGCCCAAUGGUAAGACUGUCAGUGAGUACUGUUGUAAAUGGUUGGUCUGACAUCGCUACAUACAUCUCGCCCCAUGGUAAGACUGUCAGUGAGUACUGUUCGAAACGAUUGGUCUGAAAAUGUCACAAAGAUAGCGUCAUCAUUGACAUAGAGUAUUCUUGUUUGGACACGCAGGAAAAACUUAAACAUCUCCCCUCCCCCCCCCCAAAAAAAAAACAAAAAACUAUGAUUACUUGACACCAGCCUUUUCCCAGCCUCUCCCAUCAGAAAUUUGAAAAUAGGCAGUCAAGCGUACCUCGUCAUCAUUCGUCAAAUUCGAGAAGAGAUCAGACAUGAAACACUAUUGGAAUGGUAAAAUUUCAUAGAAGACAUUAGAACGUUAAAGAUAUGUUACACCUCUGUUGGUGAGAUCUCUCCAAUCCUGACACCCAGAAAUAACUUAUCCUACAAAAGAAGCUAGAUAACUUAAAUAACUUAUCCUGCAAAAGAAGCUAGAUAACUUGUCACAUGGUCUGAACGUGAUUGAUGUCAAUGUGGGGACAACUCUAACAAUUGAGUUGCUCAAAGUAUCCGUAGGAUUUAUCGCACAGACCGCAGCAAGGGAUUCACUAUUAAAUGUUAUCAAUUCAGAUUUUAAACCCAUGCUAAAUGAUAAAGUAAUUUAAGAUUUAUCUGGACUGCGUUGUUGUAAAAUAUCUAAAAAGUUUAAUCUGAAGUAAACAGCAAUGCUGUUUAUAUAUUAACACCAUCCCCCCCCCUCCCACCCCCCCACACCAAAAAUAUAUAUAUAUAUAUAUAUAUAUAUAUAUAUUUUAAAGUGAGUUUUCAUUUGCAGAAAAUAUUUUCCAGAAAAAAAUAUUUAAAAACUUAUUUAAGCUUCGUUUACAUCCAAUUCAAAUCAUUUGGCUGCUUAGAGUGCUUAGAGUGCUUAGAGUGCUCAUCUAUACUUCUGUAAAGUCGUUUUGUGUGUGUGUGUGUGUGCAAUGUAUUUUAAGAAACUUUAAAUAAUUGUCUUCAUUUUACAAUUUUUUUUUUUAAAUAUAAUUUUUUCCAUUACUUUAUUUAAAUUUUAAUAUCAAUCUCGUGGAGAUGUAUAAUUUCACUCCAGUUAUGUAAGGUUACAGGUCGUAUUACAAACUACUUCCUAGUUAAAAGUCCUAUUAUUUUAAUAAUUUUUUUUUUUUUAUUAUUUUUUUUUUUAAAUAUAAUUUUUUACUUUAUUUUAUUUAAAUUUUAAUAUCAAUCUCGUGUAGAUGUAUAAUUUCACGCCUGUUAUGUAAGGUUACAGGUCGUAUUACAAACUACUUCCUAGUUAAAAGUCCUAUUGGCCACUCAGAUUUUGUGUCCAGGGGGUGGGGUAUGGUGGGGGGGGGUCUUAAAAACGAUUAGAAAAGAAACUUGAGGGGGGGAGAGAUAACUCCAGCUUCUUAUCGAAUGCUUGAGUCAUGCAAGCACAGUAUGUACAAACGUCAUCAGUACGUGUGUCAUAGGCCUAGCCAGUGUGUCUUGGACAAGGAAUCCUGAGUUCAUGUUUUAUGGUAGCGAGAACUCUUUAAGGAGCUGUCUAUGGGAGGGCGAAUUAUUAUUUUUGAAAAGGUUACCUGAUCUCACUUCGAUUAAAUGGAGCAAAAAUUUCACGUCUCAAGGACGAGUGGAGGUCAUAACUUAAAACGUGUGGGCGGGAGGAAGGGUUUUUUAUAUUUACCGUGGCUUGGGGUGAGUUACACAGAAACCUUAGAGAAUCAUUAGUGAGGGGGAGAACUGGAGAGCUUGUUAGUCCUGUGUGGAACCGUUGAAUCUGUUGUGUCGUAAUUAUCCUAUCAUGGCAAUGAGUGUCGACUUGUCUGACCAAGUCUCUCACUUGAUCCCACGAACAGUAUAGCUAAUAUCAGCAGUUAAUAAUACAACCAACGUUAACAGGUUCGUAGCUACAUAGGAGUUUAUUUAACACUACUCCAUUAACUAUGGUUGAUGUAUAAUUUCAGAAUUGAUAAUCAAAUUACUCCAACCAAACACUACUCAAUACACAAAUUAAAACAGUUCACCCAGUAAAUCCACCAUCAAUUCAUCCAUAACAACAACAACGAGAACGAACGCGUCAUUUCCCUUUACACAAAUACGUCACAACACUUUCACACAAUAGAUACAGCUACACAUAAAGUCUCUAACUAAACAUCUUUUCCCUAUCAAACAUGACAACAGUGAUCUACACAUAACAACAGUGAUUCUCAUACCCUUAACCUCCUGCAGUAGAUUUUCGACAAAGAGAAAGUCCUUUUCUAGCGGAGGAGUGAGUCCGCUAAGAAACCUGUAUUUAGUCUUUAUAUAGUCGAGGCCAGUGUUACACUGGUGUACUUUGUGAACUAAUCUUGGACAGUGUAAAUAAAUUGGUUCGAUCUUGUUAAACUGGCGUUGAAGUUGUCGGUUGAUUAUCCACACGGUAUCCAUGCUAAAAACACGAAUACUAAAUGCCUCAACAGCCAGAAUUUAUAUAUAUCUAUUUCCAUAUCAAUUCCAUGGAUUGACGAGUUGGCACUGGGAAAUUUGUAACCAGCGAACUGAAGUAGAAGUGGUGGGUAUAUACAUUACCAAACUGAAGAAGAAGUGGUGGAUAUAUACAUUACCAAACUGAAGAAGAAGUGGUGGAUAUAUACAUUACCAAACUGAAGAAGAAGUGGUGGAUAUAUACAUUACCAAUCUAAAGUAGAAGUGGUGGAUAUAUACAUUACCAAACUGAAGUAGAAAUUGUGGAUAUUUGCAUUACCAAACUGAAGUAGGCGAAAUGGAUUUUAUUUAAAGAUUUAAAGGGAGUUCUAAAUUUAAAAACGCGUUCUAUUUACAAGGGUCGUUAGUUGUAUGUUAUUUGUUCUUCAGGCGUCAAAGCCCACAAAUAUGACAUUUUUAUUCAUUCUAAUUGUAUCAUACCAAAGACAUUGCAUUAAAUAUUGAAUAUGUACGUUUUAUUUCAAUUUUACAAUGUGUUCGUAAAGAAAAGAUAAAAAAUGCCAAAAGAAAUAUCAUUAGUAAGACUCAAAUAGGAGCAUAAGCCAUCAACAAUACUGUUCAAACUGUCCCUGACCUGGGCUAUCGUUGCUAGUUUAGCCCGUUUCUUUAUUCUCUUCACCUAUGACUCUACUCCCCUCUACUCCCCUCUGCUCCCCUCUACUGCCCUCUACUCCCCUCUACGCCACUCUACUCCCCUCUUCCAUGUGGCUCUUGGUCUUUCCCUUGUCCUGUCACCUUGAGGAUUCCCAUUCAGGGCCUGUCUUAUGAUGUUAGUGUUUGGUUUCCUUAAUGUGUGCACCAGCCCUUAAGUUGUAUUACAUGCAAUAGCAAAUAAUUCAUUUUAUUUAAACAUUAACAGAAUAAUUAAACUAAAUAUAUUGGCUUAAUGUUUAAAUUGUGAUGUUUGUGCAGCGUAUUCCUAAAUCGAACUAUCCUAAUUCCAGAACGGCCCGUACUUAACUUUAAUCCAAGUAUUCAGUCUAUUCUAGACUUAAAUUCUUAUUCAAUUGUUUCAUUAUUGGAUAUAUAUUUUUUCAAGCUUGACACCUUGUUUAUUUCACAGCGCCUCCGUCAUACCCAUCCGUUAUGUAUUCAAGCAACAACUACGGACAACAAGUGGCGAUGACGCCACCGUAUCAACCGUACCCUUACCCCAACCAGGCGGGGGGUGUCGCAUCAAUGGACAGUGGCCUGCCACGUAAACAAGACAACCCCUUCGACCCACCCAGUUACAGCUCCCCCGCGACGUAUGGAUUUAACUCCUAGUUGCCCACUGGAUUAAUGAUGUCACAGGAGUGUGCGUGCUACGUCAUUGACAUUAUGCCAGUAGUCAACUAAACAUCAUAACGGAAAUAAUCAUCAGCUUACAUCGUAUCGGAAAGUGAUCAAUGCUAACAUCAUAAAGGAAAGCGAUAAGUUGCUUACAUAAUAAUGGACAGAGAUCAGUCGCUAACAUCAUAAUGGACAGAGAUCAGUCGCUAACAUCAUAAUGGACAGAGAUCAGUCGCUAACAUCAUAAUGGACAGAGAUCAGUCGCUAACAUCAUAAAGGAAAGCGAUAAGUUGCUUACAUAAUAAUGGACAGAGAUCAGUCGCUAACAUCAUAAUGGACAGAGAUCAGUCGCUAACAUCAUAAUGGACAGAGAUCAGUCGCUAACAUCAUAACGGAAAGAGAUAAGUUGCUUCUAUCAUAACACAAAGAGAUCAGUCGCUAACACCAUAACGCAGAGAGAUCAGUCGCUAACAUCACAAUGGACAUAGAUCAGUCGCUAACAUCAUAAUGGACAGAGAUCAGUCGCUAAUAUCAUAAUGGACAGAGAUCAUUCGCUAACAUCAUAAUGGACAGAGAUCAGUCGCUAACAUCAUAACGCAAAGAGAUCAGUCUUUAAAAUCAUAACUUAAAGAGAAUCGGUCGCUAACAUCAUAAUGGACAGAGAUCAGUCGCUAACAUCAUAACGCAAAGAGAUCAGUCUUUAAAAUCAUAACUUAAAGAGAUCAGUCGCUAACUAAGGCCGAAAGUUUUGAAUUUUAGUGAUGGAUAAAUCAUAAUUGAACAUCCGUUCAUUUGUACACUUAUAACUAUUUAAGUGACGGAUUUUGCCCUAUGUUACAUAUAUUUAUUGUUCUCUCUAUGUGUGUCAUUUGUUUUUGUUUUUUUUUGUUUUUGUUUUUUUGUUAACACUUUAACCACUUUACUUCGAGAACAUUCCAUAAAAGUAAAUUGUUACACAAUGUGAUUUGUACAAAAUAAAGACUCUAUGGGCCAAGUGAUGGUUUGUUAAUAUGGGUUUCCUUCAUCUUUUUUUCUCUCAGUCAUCUCGUCAAAGAUAUUUUGUGCAUCAAUUCUUAUCUUCAAAUAUUUUAGACUUGUAAAAAGAAUGGGUUAAUUUUCAAGCUUUAAAAAAAAAAAAAAUAAUGGUGAAAUUGUACCGUGUACUUGAUGUGUGAAAGUUUGUUUUUUUG